GUGGACAUGGUCAACCAUAAGCAAGCAGGGAACUGGAGCUGGGGAGGUCGGGGGAGCAGAGGCCCCACCACCACCUUGGAGUUGGGCUGGGUCUGUGUGGAGCCCCAGAGAUGUUCCCCAGCCCAUCCUUUUUAAGAACCAAUGAGUAAAAUCAGGGGCCUCCCUCCUGCCGUCAGGGACCCGGGCCCUGGAGUGGAACUUGGAGUAGAAGAUGGCCUUCUCUGUCAACUAAUUCAUUCUCCAGAGUUCAACUUGUUCUCUGACUCAGUGGUGUUUGAAAGCACCUUUAUCCAGGUCACUAAACAAGGACACUGGAUGGAUGCCUAUGAAAGAUCUGCCACUGUGAUCCUUGGGGUAACCUCUUCAGUGCCCUCCCUGCCACUCCCCAAUGUCCUCCUGAUGGCCAACCUCACCUGGCCUCACGGUCCGCGUUCCACCAGUAGCGACCCUGGUGCCCCUGUCAUCACUCUCAGCAGGAUCCUUCCCCUGAAGUAUGUGGAGCUACAAAUCUACGACCGGACCCAGCGCAUCCUUCGGGUGAGGACAGUGACAGAAAAGAUUUACUACCUGAGGCUCCACGAGAAACAUCCACAGGCUGUGUUUCAGUUCUGGAUCCGCUUGGUGAAAAUUUUGCAGAAAGGUCUGUCUAUCACCACCAAAGACCCAAGGAUCCAGUUCACUCACUGCCUGGUGCCCAAGAUACCCAGCUCCUCCAUUGAAACAACACCUGAAUGCAGCUUGCCCUCAUCCUCCCAGGCCAGCGAGACCAUAAUGCUGCUGGCAGCUGAGCGGGCCAGCGGCAGUCUCUUAGGACUCUCAGAAAGAUACAAGCUCAAAGGAGACAGACACACUGAUGCUGCCACAGUAACAGACAAACCCAAGAGAUGCAAGACACCCCCACUGGUGGCAUCUUCAAUUAAUAUGCCCAUGAGAGCGACUUUGACCCACAGCCUCUGGGAACAAGAGGACCCAAAUGAGAACUUCCUGCAGGUUCCUGUAGCCAGCUCCCUAGGAGAGAACUUUUUGGGACCUUAACACCUAGCCAGACCGGUGUCAGCCCUGUCUUCUAUGCGUUUGCUCUGCCUCGUAUAAUGCUGUUUCCCACAGUGGGCCAAGUAACCAUGGGAGAGACGAGGUGGUGCUUACGCCAGGACGCUCCUCAACUUCCACCAAUAAAUCUCCAAUCGAG